AUGAUUAUAACUGGUUUAAUUAUUUUUGUAUUAUUAAGAAAUAAAAAAUUAUUGAAACAAAAUUAUGCUUAUCUUCUAAUAGCAUUAAUUGCUAUAGCUAAUUUCUUACAAUUAAUUUCACAUUUUAUUUCUGGUUUCUAUAUUGUUUUUUUUUAUACUCCAGUUUUACAUUUUGAUAUGUUUCAAGGCUCACUUUUAAAUUUUGGUUAUGACAUUACAUGUGUUUUAAACUUAACAUUAUCCUUUAAUAGAUUAUUUCUAUUUUUUAAUUUUAAAAAAAUAUGGUAUUCUAUUUUUAAAAAAUUAUCAAUAUUUAUUGUUGUAACACUAUUUCUUGCAUCAUUUUUUUAUCUCGUAAUCUCAAAUUUUGAAUUUUUCAAAAUAACAUUCAAUGUAAGUACUGGAGUUUGGGAUUACUAUACAGCUUCUGAAAAUUUUUAUCGUUUUAAUGGUCUUGAAAGUAAGCUAAUGGUAUUUACUAAUGUUUUUAGUGUUAUUAAUUUAAUGUUAAUUGCUAUAAAAAUAAUAAUACAAAAACUAUCUGUUGCUAAAAAUACUAAAGCAGGAAAAAUAAAAUUUUAUGAUAUUUCAUUAUUUCUUCAAGCAAUUGUAAAUUUUGUUUGUAUUGCAUUUGUUCAAAUUUUUUGGCAAUAUGGUGCAAUAUGGUUUCCAAAUUCAAGAUAUCUUUAUACAUAUCUUAAUUAUCUAUGGUUAAAUGUUGGUGGUAAAGAUUCUAUUACUAAUAUUGUACUAUUAAGUGAAAUUAGAGUUCCAGUAUUAAUUUUAAUUGGUUAUUUAAAAAAUAAUACAAAAGUAGUACCAGUUCCAACAUUAUCAAAAGUUGAAAGAAAUAAUAAAAAUACUUGA